UACAUAUGGAAAAUGUCUCAAAUCUUUAUCUGUUGGUUACUGGUUACGACAGAUGAUCACAUUUGCAACAGUUCAUUAACAGUUUGAUUGGUUUAAAUCGCUUACGCUGCAAUGGUUGGGGUAAGAAAAAGCAUAAAUUUUCUUCCAAAGUUAGAAAAAAUGGCUUCUCGAUUCAUCUUCCAUAAAAACCCAGCCAGAAGAGUCGUAACAAUCCACUCUACCCCGCCAUUAAUGGCUUCUUUUCCUUCAUCUCCCUUUUUCAUAUCCCUCCUCUUUCUCCUCCUCCUCCUCCUCCCCUUUCAUUCCGACGCCAAUCUUCACAAAACCACCCUCCGACGACCGGAUCUGCUUUACGACUCCGACCUCGCAACAAUCGCCAACCAUUCUACUCCACCGACCGUCUUCUUCGAAGUCACCAAACCCAUUGACACGCCCAAGGCCAAACCCUGCUCUCUCCUCGUUCUUCACCGAGGAAGGCAAUUCGAUCGAAUCUUCGGCGUUUGGCUUAGCGGUGUUGAGAUUCUUCGUAGCUGCACGGCGGAGCCUAGGGCUACGGGGAUCGUUUGGACAGUUCAGAAGGACAUUACGAGGUAUUAUUCGUUGCUCUUGAAGAAUCAAACUCUGGCUGUUUAUUUAGGUAACAUUAUCGAUAAGACAUACACUGGAAUAUACCAUGUGAAAGUUCAUAUCCAUUUUUAUCCUGAAGAGAAUGAUUAUGGUGAUAAUAUACUGUCUUCUCCAAAAUUUGCGUCUGGCUAUGAUUCUGAUUCUAGGGCUGAUUUAAUCGUACCUAUUUCCCGGAAUUUGCCACUGAAUGAUGGAUUAUGGUUUCAUGUUAAGAAUUCAACUGAUGUUCAGUUGAAGAACUUUGAAAUUCCCCAAAAUGUUUACAGGGCUGUGUUGGAAGUUUAUGUGUCUUUUCAUGAAAACGAUGAGUUCUGGUACUCAAAUCUUCCAAAUGAUUACAUUACCACAAACAAUCUCACUGAUUCACCUGGAAAUGGACCUUUUAGGGAGGUUUUAGUUAGUCUUGAUGAUGAGAUUGUUGGAGCCAUUUGGCCUUUUACUGUUAUCUUUACAGGAGGUGUGAAUCCCCUUCUUUGGAGGCCAAUAUCUGGAAUUGGUUCCUUCAAUCUACCCUCUUAUGACAUAGAACUCACACCAUUUUUAGGCCAUUUGUUAGAUGGAAAGCUUCACACCUUUGGAUUCAGUGUCACACAUGGUUUAAAUGUAUGGUACAUCAAUGCAGACCUUCAUCUUUGGUUGGAUGAACACACUGCAAAAACCGAAGGAAAGCUCUUGAAUCACGUUGUCUCACCCUGUUCCGUUUCGAUGAAUUCAAACUUUACAGGUCUAGACGGAGCGUUUUUGACAAAGGUAACCCGAUCGGUAUCGUCAAGUGGAUGGGUGAAAUCGUCUCUUGGAAUUGUCACAACUGAAACAAACCAAGAUCUUAGAUAUAGUAACUCAAUGGUGAUGGGAAAUGAUGGGAACAGCCAGAUUGUGAACCAGGAGAUUCAAUUCAAUUGUAGUGUUCAUGCCAAGAAGAAAUCUUCUGUUGUUUAUUCAUUCAAAUCUCUGAAAACUUUCCCUCUUUACAUGUACUCUGACAUCAAAGAUGGAGGAAAUGGAAGUUAUGAAUCAUUAGCUAACUUGACAUUGGGAUUCAAUGAGAAGAAGAGUGAUGGGGUAGGAUCAUUUAUGAGCUCUGUCAAGAAUGUUCAAAAUGGGCAGGGGAGAAUGGUGGUGAAGGGCCAUUUGGUGGCAAGUGGGUUGGGAAGUACGCAGCAGGAUUACAGAUUCCAUGGUGAUGAACACUGUUAUUCCAGGAACAUAAGCAGCUCAAACUACAUCAUUGUUUAUGAUGAUGUGAAGAAAAUCUGUGGCAAGAAGAAAAUGGAAUCAGCUGGAGGUUUUAGGUUUAGAAGAUGGCCGAUUCCUGGUUCUUUAGAUUCAAAUUUCCAUGGCAAUGGUGGACGUUUACAAUGAUGUUCAUGGUAUCUACUGAAUGUUUAAGCUGUUGUGUCAGUUCUUCAGGGAUUCCUGCAUGCCUGUAAUUCAAAUAAAACUGCUCUCCCCUCUUCCCUUUUAUUCAA